AAAAAUGGAUCAUCUAAAAUUGACGGUAGAUGCCCUAUCAGUGGACACUAUCAGUGACUUGGUAAUGGAUAACAGCUGUGGAGCCGUGUCUAUAUUUGUUGGGACAACACGAGAUAAUUUCGAAGAUAAGAAGGUCUUACGGUUGGAGUAUGAAGCGUACGAGCCGAUGGCUCUGAAGGCAAUGAAGAGCAUAUGCGAGGAGGUGCGACAGGAGUGGCCUGCUGUGCAUGGAAUAGCUAUUUACCAUAGACUAGGCAACGUGCCGUGUCGCGAGGCGUCCGUCGUGAUAGCGGUGUCGAGCCCGCACAGACGGGACUCGCUGGACGCGGUGUCGCGCUGCAUCGAGCGCCUCAAGAGCAGCGUGGCCAUAUGGAAGCGCGAGGUGUACGAGCACGGCGCCUCCUGGAAGGAGAACCCUGAGUGUUCAACAGGGCCCCCGCCUGCCCCAGUGGACUCGGUCGACAAGAACCUGGUCCAAAUCAACGUGACCCCUGAGGAAUUGGACAAGCGCAUUCAGAACUUCAUAGAGAGGAAGCGAGAUCAGGUGAACAUCAGCAACAUACACGACUUCCUGCCCGGCAGAGGAGAUGAGGAGGAGACCUGUGCCAGGGUGAAGGCGCAGUUUGUCAGGAGAAGCGACUCCAAGGGACAUUUGAAGAUUCGCAAAGUCCACAACGAGUGGGGCCCGCAGACUGUUCAGGCCGAGCAGAAGCCAGUGAAGCAAGAGUGCGGUCUGCCCGCGGCCAUAGCGGAGAGAGUGCUGGCCAUAGAACACUACCUGAACCUCGGCCCGGUCUCCCCGGACAUAUACAAGCGAUUGAAGGCGAUGGAGGAGCGAAUAGCCAGUCUACAGGCUAUCUCGCCAGAGUACGCGCAUUUUUGGAGGAACAAAGGAGCAGACAGCGUCAAGCAGGAAGAGACGGCCGACUACACGUUCUCAGCAGACGACAUCGCGCGCAAGAUCGAACAGCUGGAGAGGCAGGCCACGUGACCCGCAGCCACUCUUGACGCAGCCACCUUUGAUGUCUAAUACUAACUGCAUUACGCUUGUUACAACAGAAUCGAUCGACUAAAUCUCGACUGAUACAUCCAUGGUACAUCACUAUGCCCUUUAUUUCCCUAGGUAUUACCUUAAAAUUGACACAUUAAAAAUGGCCACCAAUAAAUGUAUGAGUUUAAUGUGGCAGCUAAGAGUCCAAAUUCACAGGGUAAGUGCCAGCCAGGGUCCUGUCCAGGUUGAUUUUGGCAGGGCCCUAGAGUUUCUGAAAAAAAAUAUUUUCUACUUUAUCUGUAUGUAGCGAUUCAUAAACUGUAAUUAAUGUUAUUUAAUAUAUUACGUAAAUAAGUACGUUAAUAAACGAUUAGCAUAAA